UGAAUGGAAUUCAUUCGAAGUCGGACCGUUGGUUGAUCGCGUCGCGUCGCGGCCAGCCUGUUUUCGUCCCGAACGGUUUCAUCGAGGCUCACCGCAGCGUCUUCGCAGCAGUGCGAGAUAGUGACUGCCCAGCUGCUGGACCAAUAAUCGACCAAGAUGGGGUGCGGAAUGGGAGUAAUCAAGUACCUGCUCUUCAUAUUUAACUUCAUCUUCGUGCUAUGCGGGAUAGCCAUCCUAGCCAUGGGCAUCAUCGUGCAGAUCGGAAACAGCAAUUAUUCGGACCACAUGAAGGACGUCACUGGCGAUCUCACGUUCCCGGCGGUGACGUUGAUCGUCAUCGGCAGCAUCAUCUUCGUCAUCGCGUUCUUCGGAUGCUGCGGAGCCAUCCGUGAGAGUCAUUGCAUGAUCGUCACGUUUGCAACUCUGCUGCUGACGAUCCUGAUCAUACAAGUGGCCGUUGCAAUCUACGCGUUUGUCGUACUGAAGAAUUCCGAUGGCAUCGACUUCACGAGUGUGUACAGGACUUCCUUCUUCGAAAAGUACAGACCCGAGAACCCGGACGAUGUGGCGCUGGUGGACAGUAUUCAGAAGGAGUUGGACUGCUGCGGUGUCACGAGCUAUGAGGAUUUCAUCAAGGAUCUUCACAGAUCAGUCCCAGGUAGUUGCUGCGGUAAGCCGUCUGAAACAGUGUGCGAGCCCACCUUGGUUCGGGAUAAAAGAGGUUGCGCGGCAGCGUUGCAAGACUUGUUCAAAUCUGCGUGCAGCAUACUGGGCGGCAUCGCUCUGGGUAUCGCUGCUAUCGAGCUUAUCGGUAUCAUCUUCGCGCUAUGCCUGGCAAAUUCCAUCAAGAACGCCGAACGCAGAGGCUACAGCGUGUAAAAGUGAGGAGGUCACCGUGAGUGAUCACCGCUUCGCUCGAGAAGCGCUUUCAACGUGCAACAACAAACGUCUUUACCGUCAUCCUACUGUCGUCAGUGUAUCCGUUUAUAAAAUGUGAUCGAAUACUUGUGGUUUACGAUAAAGUAAAGCAUUUGUUGGUUCUUACCCCGAGGUAAUCGUUCAAUUGCAAUAAAUUGAUAUACGUUUAAAUAACAUGGAAAAGUGCUCUCUCAAGUGUACGAUCACAUUCGUUUGACAGGACAAUUCUUUUUUUUACUAAGCGGAACGAGCACAAAGUGCCUCUUUACAUCUUUACUUCGGAUUCUUUCUUAUCUCUGACCGUGACUAAAGCAGAACGAUGAACGACGUCUUCGAAACGAAAGAUGCACUUUUUUUUUGUUCUUUGAUUUUCGUAGGAGUACGCAGUUCAUGGCCUAACGUGGGCGAUGAAUGUUUCGAAUAUUGGUAGUUCAUUUCCGAUCAUAUUCUUUUUUCUUUACGGAAACGAAAAAUCUAUUUUUAUAUAAAAUGUAUUUUAUACAAAAUACUAUAUAUUUCGAUAUGGCGUGCCGCUUUAACGCAUAUAUAUAUAUAAUAUAUGUAUUUGUUCCCAAUAUAAAUGGUCUAAAAACACACGAAUAAAAACUAUAAAAGAAAUUUCGUUACGUAAAUGUAUUCACUGUGUAGAGAUAUCUUGUGCGAUCUGCGUUCCCUAGUAACGCGAGCAACGUUAAAAUGCAUGUAUGUAUGUACCUUAGCGCAGCAGGGAAGCAGAACGAUAGUAUUUUACAAGAUUGAUGUUAAAAAGAUAUUUUCAUAUAAUAAAUUACACGUUGUACCUGCAGAGGUCAAUUAAUGUCGUUAUUAAAGAAGAAAAGAAAAACUUUCGUAUAUACGUAGCUUACAGGAAAUUCACCUUGUUUGUACAGCACACUGUGUAUGGAUGUUGUAUAUAUACACACGUCUUUUUGUCUCGUAAUAGAAGCUACUUAAUUUAAGGGAUACCAUUGCCGUUCGCGAAGACGCAGGACAAACGUGCGUUCGUGCCAGUAUUUACGCUUAAGCGCUACGCCGCCGGCAAUGAAGCAAAAGUAUGAGAAUAUGCACAAGGAGCUGGGCGUGGGCGAAAAAAAUUAAAUGUACGAAUAAUUUGAAUAUCGUUCAAGUAAGAUUGCGAUUUUAUUCUCUCUCUCGUCGCUUAUUCUCACGUUGCGGACGAUGCAUCGACCAAUCGUUGCGUCAUACGCGUCACCAUCGAUUGCGAUUAUCAUUGCUGCUGCUGUUUCCCCGAAUUAAGCUGUAUGCCCAGUUCUGUGUAACGUUUAAUCCUGAAAUAAAUGUGAGUAAAAG